AUGGAUACAGCAGCCAUUGGAUUUCCUCUCUUCCCCUGUCUACCUACUGAGCUCCGCCUCCAGAUUUGGGAAGAAGCUCUGCCCAAGCUCCGACGGCCACUGUACAUGUACCGAUUAGGCUGCUGGGGAAGAGGAAGCGUGAGUGAGACUCAUAUACACUAUGAGUUCAAGCAUCGCCGUCUACGCGACCUCGUAUUCAGUACGUCGCUCUUCUUUGUGAACUGUGAGACCCGAUACGUUGUGCUACGUUGGAUGCGUAAGCAUGGGAUCCAAAUGAUGUAUGAUCCAGAAACUUCAUCCUUUCGUUUCCGGCGCUCCUUCAACCCACAAUCCGAUAUCAUACUCAUUCCAGCCACCGAGUGGGCUUGUUUUAUUGUCGACCCGUGGAUGCUAGUCCAAGCAGAACGCUUGGGUCCUAGGGCAGUGACCGUGGGUGUACCGGGAUAUACGCAUAUUGCCAUACCCAUGGAAAUCUGCGAGAGCAAACGUUUCUUUCUCGGAGAUUUGUUCCGUCGUGUGUAUUGGAGUACCAUUGAAAAAAUCUUUGUUGUCACCAAUGCUCAAGAUAUGCUAGAGGGGGAUGUUAUUAAAGCGGGCCAGCACUGGGAGCUGGACUCUUUCACCGGGUUCCCGAUAUUUGUAUGGAACAGUGAGCGUCGUCUCUUUGAACCGCAUCACAAUGUUUUAUAUGAGGGCACUUGGGACUAUGUACUUGAAAGGCUCCAAGAAGCUAGUGGUGGGAUGAUGAACUUGUCAGGAUGGGAAGAGGGCCAUCGCCUCGAGGUCCAUUCUGUCUCUGUUAUCAGGAUGUGA